GAGAGAGAGCAGACCGCCGGGUAGUUAAGUACAGGAUGUCUAUGUAUGAGGAAUCCUCGUUAACGGGAAGUUACGAUGUUGUGGGGUCGUUUCCCAAAAGUUUUGGCUACGGGGUGGAAGAGCCAGACAUGGAUGAGGAGAGGUCCACAUCUGCGGACAAACCGAGGAUACUGCUGAUGGGACUGAGGCGGAGUGGCAAGUCAUCUAUUCAGAAGGUUGUAUUCCACAAGAUGUCACCCAAUGAGACGCUGUUCCUCGAGAGCACCAACAAAAUCUACAAGGACGACAUCUCCAGCACCUCCUUUGUCAACUUCCAGAUCUGGGACUUUCCUGGCCAGGUGGACUUCUUCGACCCCACGUUUGACAGCGAGAUGAUCUUCAAGGGAACAGGCGCUUUGAUCUUUGUCAUCGAUGCUCAGGAUGACUAUGUCGAGGCUCUCGGGCGGUUACAUCUCACCGUAUCCAAGGCCUACAAAGUGAAUCCAGACAUCAACUUUGAGGUAUUCAUCCAUAAAGUAGACGGUCUGUCAGACGACCACAAAAUAGAAACACAAAGGGACAUUCAUCAGAGGGCCAACGAUGAUCUGGCAGAUGCCAGCCUGGAGAAACUUCACCUCAGCUUCUACCUAACCAGUAUCUACGACCACUCCAUAUUUGAGGCCUUCAGUAAAGUCGUCCAGAAGCUCAUUCCUCAGUUACCAACGUUGGAGAAUCUUUUGAACAUUUUCAUAUCUCAUUCUGGGAUCGAGAAAGCCUUCCUGUUUGAUGUUGUUAGCAAGAUUUACAUCGCCACAGACAGCUCUCCUGUGGACAUGCAGUCCUACGAACUCUGCUGUGAUAUGAUCGAUGUUGUCAUUGAUGUCUCCUGCAUUUACGGGCUAAUGGAGGAUGGCAGUAGCUCUGCAUAUGACAAGGAGUCUUUGGCUAUCAUCAAGCUCAACAACACUACAGUGCUUUAUUUGAAAGAGGUCACAAAGUUCCUCGCUCUUGUCUGCAUCCUCAGAGAAGAGAGCUUUGAGAGGAAAGGUUUGAUAGAGUACAACUUUCAUUGUUUUCGAAAAGCCAUCCACGAAGUGUUUGAAGUUGGCACCUCGCCUCAAGACGUCAGCUCGUCCAGCAGAAACAACCUCACAGGCUUGAAGUACGCCGCCCUGAACGGAACUGCUGUUUAAAGCGCAGAGGAUGUGUGUAAUUCUUUGCUUUACCUGAAAUUCAGCAAUGCCGCACAAUGUGGGGGAAUGAUACGAAUGCACACGUCUCCUGUCAAACACAUGUUGCCUUACUGUAUGAAUGUGAAGUUAGAGAAGCUGAGCUGCCAGCUGAUGAACUGAACUUAACUAAACAGUGGGUCCUUCUUUCUGCACAUUGUCAGCUAUGUUUACCUUCUUGGCCAGGUACUUCUGUGUGCUCUGCAACAUAAAAAUACUCCUGAAAGAGACUUCUGAUCCAGUUUAAGCACUUGUCGUCGAUAUGAGCAAAAAGCUCCAUUGACUCAAGCUCCAGCUGUAUUUCCACAAACUAAACUACAUCAGGGACGCUCAACUUGCUUUGCUUGGGGGCCACUUUUGCAAAAAUGACAGGAUGCCAGGGGCCGGUCAUUAACCAGCAUUAAUACUAUUUAUCAGAUAAAAUGAUUAAACAUUAAAAGGCCCAUAACUGAUUAUUAACUUAACUUAUUAACUAAUUAACUUGGGUAGCCCGGAUAUCUCAGUUGGUAGAGCGGGUGCUCACAUAUAGAUGUUUACUCCUCGAUGCGACUCCGACCUGGGGCCCUUUGCUGCAUGUUAUGCCCCCCUUCUCUCUCCCCUUUCAUGUCUUCAGCUGUCCUGUCAAAUAAAGGCCUAAAAAUGCCCAAAAAAUAAUCUUUAAAAAAAAAAGUAAUUCACUUGGCACAAGGAUUGACACUAGGCCUGUACGACAGAUAAAUCAGAUAUUUUCCUGCAUUUAAUAGUUGCAACUGCAUUUUAGUUGUAAAUGCUUUGGUUACAUUUGAAAGAUUUUAAACAUUAAACGUCCUUGGACCUCUUUCAUCAUGCAAUCACUCAAAUGUUGUAAUGAUUCAUGAACAUAAACGGCUCCUAUUAGGGACAGAAUGAAUAGCAUAUUUAAGCUUUUAUAUGCACUAUGGCACCUUAUUUACAUUCAAAGUACAAAAUAAAAACCUAUCUAGCACCCUC